AUGACAUCCAAUUUAGCUAAGACAACAAGUCACGCUAAACGACCAUAUUUUGUUAAUUUAGCACUUCAAAAAGAUCCUGUUGUAACACAUCCAAAACCAGUAGUUACUUUCGUUGAUAAUGUAUCACCUACUCAUGUUAAUGUUGAAGAAUUACCAACAACUGAUACAAUUGUCAAUGAAUUGCCACCAGUCGAUUUACAUGUUAGUGUUAUAUCACAACCACAGAUGAUUGUUGAUGAAUUACCUCUAGCUACUCCAUCAAUUAAACUAACUAGUGCUCGUUCAAUCUCUGCUACAUCAUCUGUAUUGAAGAAUCGAUCAGAAAAUAUAACAUCUAAACUAGCAACACCAUUGAUGAAAUCUACUAGUGGUAUUUCACCAUUGGUUCCACUUGUGGGCUCAGCAAUAUUACUUGUUAUAAUUGGGACGGCAGCUGUUUUUUUACCACCUUUUCUUUUAUCACUUCAAACUCAUCGAGAUUAUUCUUGUUCUCCUGGGUGUUGGAAUGGUGGUAGUUGUUUAGCCCAAAAUGUUUGCAGUUGUUUAGCAGGCUAUGAAGGAGAUCGUUGUCAAACAACUAUAUGCAAUCAGAGUUGUAAUUAUGGUGUCUGUGCACAACCUUAUACAUGUACUUGUCAAGCUGGUUGGAGUGGUACUUUUUGUGAUCAACCUAUUUGUACACCAGCAUGUGUCAAUGGUAACUGUACUCUGCCCAAUUAUUGCAGCUGUGAUGUUCAAUACACUGGUUAUCUAUGUUUAACACCUGUUUGUUCACCUUCGUGUGUACAUGGAUUUUGUACAUCACCAAACAACUGCACAUGUAAUGUGGGUUGGAAUGGAACAAUUUGUGAUGAACCAAUAUGUUCACCAUCAUGUGUUAAUGGAAAUUGCACAUAUCCGAAUGUUUGUAAUUGUAGUACAGGUUGGAAAGAUAGUACAUGUAGUACUCCUAUUUGCUCACCUGAUUGUAUGCAUGAUUCGAAUUGUACUGCUCCUGAUACAUGUGUUUGUUCAGCAGGUUACAAUGGUAGCUAUUGUCAAUAUCCUAUUUGUCCAUUAGGUUGCUUGCAUGAUGGUAAUUGUACUGCACCAUCAAAUUGCACAUGUCCAUCAACAUAUACUGGUUCAAUAUGUGAAGAUCCUGUAUGUAGAAAUUCAUGCUCAAACAAUGGAAAUUGUACAGCACCAGACAAUUGUACUUGUGCUACUGGAUGGACAGGUCAAAUUUGUGAAACACCUAUUUGUACAUUGCCUUGUUUAAAUGGUGGUACUUGUAUUUCACCAGAUAAUUGUUCUUGUGAUACUACUAAUUGGGAUGGAUUACAAUGUGAAACACCUAUAUGUAGUCGUAAUUGUACAAAUGGUGGAAAAUGUGGACCAACUCCACAUACCUGUAAUUGUACGGUUAAUUGGACUGAUUCAGUUUGUAGUACUCCUGUUUGCUCAAAUUCAUGUAAAAAUCAAGGUACAUGUGUUUCACCAAACAAUUGUACAUGUCCGAUCGGUUAUAAUGGAACUGUCUGUGAAUAUCCUAUUUGUGUAGAAAGUUGUAGUAAUGGAGGUACAUGUGUAGCACCAAAUCAAUGCAAUUGUACAAGUUCAUGGUCAGGACUUUCAUGUCUUAUACCAAGAUGUAAUCCAUAUUGUCAAAAUGGAGGAGUCUGUAUUGCUCCAAGCACUUGUCUUUGUGAUAAUACAGCUUGGAAUGGAUCUUAUUGUCAACUUCCAAUAUGUUCAGCAUCUUGUCAGCAUGGUGGCACAUGCAUAGGUCCUAAUAUUUGUCAAUGUACCACAGGUUAUACUGGAGAUCUUUGUCAAGAACCGUUGUGUAUACCUGUAAACUUUCAUGAUGAAACUGAUUAUCAAGGACCCAAUGCUACCUGUCAAAAUGGUGGUACAUGUAUAUCACCAAAUACUUGUUUAUGUACUUCAUUGUGGAAUGGUACCUAUUGUCAAACACCUAUUUGCACUCUACCAUGUGUCAAUGGAGGGAACUGUUCAUCGCCAGAUGUCUGUACAUGUAAUACUACUCAGUGGAAUGGUACCCAAUGUGAAACACCUGUUUGUGAUCCACCAUGUCUCAAUGGGGGAAACUGUUCAUCACCAGGCGUCUGUACCUGCAAUACUACUCAAUGGAAUGGAACUCAAUGUGAAACACCUGUUUGUGAUCCACCAUGUCUCAAUGGAGGGAACUGUUCAUCGCCAGGCGUCUGUAUCUGUAAUACUACUCAAUGGAAUGGAACUCAAUGUGAAACACCUGUUUGUGAUCCUGCAUGUGAGAACAAUGGCAACUGCACAGCGCCUGAUGUUUGUGCAUGUACGCCCGAAUGGACUGGCUCAGAUUGCAACACUAGUAUGUAUUGUAAUUGUAAGAGAGAAUUUUAA